CGGGCGGCAGGCAGCAUGGGGAAAGGGGGGAACCAGGGCGGGGGGGCCACCGAGCGCGAGGCGCCGAUGCCCACCUUCAGCUGGGAGGAGAUUCAGAAGCACAACCUGCGCACGGACAAGUGGCUCGUCAUCGACCGCAAGGUCUACAACAUCACCAAAUGGUCCAGCCGGCACCCGGGGGGCCAGCGGGUCAUCGGGCACUACGCCGGGGAAGAUGCGACGGAUGCCUUCCGAGCCUUCCACCGUGACCUUGAUUUUGUGCACAAGUUCAUGAAGCCUCUGCUGAUCGGAGAGCUGGCCCCGGAAGAGCCCGGCCAGGACCAUGGCAAGAAUUCCCAGAUCACGGAGGACUUCCGGGCCCUGAGGAAGACCGCUGAGGAUAUGAACCUGUUUAAGAGCAACCACCUGUUCUUCCUCCUCCUCCUGGCCCACAUCAUUGCCAUGGAGAGCAUCGCCUGGUUCACCAUCUUUUACUUUGGCAAUGGCUGGAUUCCAACCGUCAUCACGGCCUUUGUCCUUGCUACCUCUCAGGCCCAAGCUGGAUGGCUGCAACACGAUUAUGGCCACCUGUCAGUCUACAAGAAGUCCACAUGGAACCACUUCGUCCACAAGUUCAUCAUUGGCCACUUAAAGGGUGCCUCCGCCAACUGGUGGAACCAUCGUCACUUCCAGCAUCACGCCAAGCCCAACAUCUUCCACAAGGAUCCGGAUGUGAACAUGCUGCAUGUGUUCGUCCUGGGCGAAUGGCAGCCCGUGGAGUACGGCAAGAAGAAGCUGAAAUACCUACCUUACAAUCACCAGCACGAGUACUUCUUCCUGAUCGGGCCACCACUGCUCAUCCCUGUGUACUUCCAGUACCAGAUCAUCAUGACCAUGAUCGCACGCAGAGACUGGGUGGACUUGGCCUGGGCCGUCAGCUAUUACGCUCGCUUCUUGCUCACCUACAGCCCUUUCUAUGGCAUCCUGGGGGCCGUCCUUUUCCUCAACUUCAUCAGGUUCCUGGAGAGCCACUGGUUUGUGUGGGUCACGCAGAUGAACCACAUCGUCAUGGAGAUCGACUGCGAGCCUUACCGUGACUGGUUCAGCAGCCAGCUGGCUGCCACCUGCAACGUGGAACAGUCCUUGUUCAAUGACUGGUUCAGCGGGCACCUCAACUUCCAGAUCGAGCACCACCUCUUCCCCACCAUGCCCCGGCACAACUUCCACAAGGUGGCCCCGCUGGUGAAGUCUCUGUGCGCCAAGCACGGCAUUAAGUACCAGGAGAAGCCACUGCUGAGGGCCCUGCAGGACAUCAUCAGGUCCCUGAAGAAGUCCGGGCAGCUGUGGCUGGACGCGUACCUCCACAAAUGAAGCCUUUGGGGCGCCCACGGGGAAGGGGGAGCAGGUGGGAGUGCUGGCCACGGGGUGGGGGGGGUGGGCUUUUGUUCCGAGGGGUGUCCGCGAGGCCGGGGUCCACGCUGGCCCACAGACCCCAUUUUUGGUCUUUCUCUCGUGUCCCCUCUCCUCUUUCCCUUCGCUUCUCGCCCUCAUGGGGCUGCCCUCCUCUUGUCAGGCAGCCCCUCCCCCCUCCUCCCCGCCCCCAACCCCAGGAGCAGAGAGAGGUGCUCCGUCCCAGCCCCCACCUCCUGCCCCUAAACUUCUGUCGGGCCAGAGGUCCACAGAUGCGGCCCCGCGACACACCCGCCUCCCCAGCCUUGCUGCCUGGCCUCUGGGCCUCACGCCUCCUCUUCUGCCUCAGAUGCUCUUGGGGUCCGUGGGGCGGGGUCCUCGCUGGGCGCGAUGCUCUCCCCGGCCCUGCAGGCCCCGCCGCCUGUGUCAGCCGGUGUCAGGGAGCCUGUGUCCUCCUCGUUCCCGUCUCCCACCCAGCCCACGCUGGGACCACCGGUGCUCGGGGCCUCCCUGCCGGUGCCACCUCUCUCCGGAUGUCCAGGGUCCUGGCCCGCCUCCCGACUGCCUUUGCCUGAGCAGCACAGCCAGCUCAGACCCCCC